AUGAGACAUUCUACAAAAGUUGGUAGGCACAAGAUAUUUGUGAAUAAAAUAGAUCUGAAAAAAUAUUUUGUUUUAUUUAAAAUUCUUAACAUUAGUAGUCAAAAAAGUAAAGACUCCCUAUUAGCAGCUAUGAGGAACGCUCGUUUACUUCAAAUAUUUUUAGGGGUAUUUGCAAUAUGUUUUAUAAAUCUGACAGAAGUUUCUACUCAUAAACAUUCUUUUGGAAAAGAAAGACUUGAAGACGGAGCAUUUAGUCCGCGAGAUCAUAUGCAUUAUGAUAAUGAAGACCAUCAUCAUAGUGAAUUUGAUCAUGAAGCUAUCAUUGGCAGCGUGAAGGAAGCUGAAGAAUUUCACGAUUUACCUAUAGAAGAAUCCAAGAGGCGUUUAGCAAUUCUAGUUAAAAAAAUGGAUUUAAAUAACGAUGAAUUCAUUGAUCGGCACGAAUUAAAGGCAUGGAUAUUAAGAUCAUUCAAGAAGUUGUCCGAAGAAGAGGCUGAAGAUAGAUUCGAGGAUCUAGACGAAAAUAAUGAUGAAAAAGUUUCUUGGAUAGAAUAUGUCAAUGACGUUUAUGGAAUUUAUGGAGACGAUGGAGUUAAGCACAAUACCAUAGAUGAUGAUGAAGAAAAAAAAUUACUAGAAGACGAUCGAGAAAUGUUUAAUGCUGCUGAUUUAAAUAAAGACGGAUUUCUGUCAAUUAAUGAGCAUAUAUCAUUCCACAGUCCAGAAGAAUCAAAUAACAUGCUGCCUAUUAUCCUGAAGCAAACUCUUCGCGAUAAAGAUUUAAACAAAGAUGGACUUAUUAAUUUUCAAGAAUUUGUCGGUGAUAAUGCUAAAAACCAUGACAAGGACUGGCUACUUUCAGAAAAAGAACGAUUUGAUAAUGAUUUUGAUAAAGAUAAUGACGGUUUUCUAAAUCAUAACGAAAUAUUGUCUUGGAUUGUUCCUAGUAACGAUGAGGUAGCAACUGAAGAAACAUCACAUCUUUUUGCAUCCGCUGAUGAUGAUCAUGAUGACAGAUUAUCUUACAAAGAAAUUAUUGACAAAUAUGAUAUAUUUGUCGGAAGUGAAGCAACGGAUUACGGUGAUUUUAUUCAAAACAUUGAAGAAUUUCAUGAUGAAUUAUAA